CUUUCCCAUAGCUAUCUUUCUUCUCCCUAAUUCUUAGAAAUGGCAUCUAAUCAGCCUUUGCCUGUAUCUGAGAUGGUAGUUUCACACAUUGAUCAUGAAACUAUCAUGCAAGAAAUUAUGGCUACUCAUAAUCCCGAUAGCAAAGACUUUCAAGUCAAUUUUAUCUUUAAUACCGUGAAAAACAUCCUUUGUCCUAUUACGACUAUUGGAAAAUCCAUUCCUGAGGACGAGGAGUCAAAUGAGGAGUCUGAUGAGGAGCUAUUUGACUACAAGGAUUUUGGUGAGGGAGAACCCAAUAAUGAAGAGUUUAAAGACGUGGAAUUUUUAUGUCAGAUAAAACGACUUUCCUUUGAGACUACAUUAAAGUGUUGGGAUAAUGCGGAUCAACACACAACUGUAAUAUACUUUAUGAAAAUGUUAUCCAUAUUUUCAUGGGAUGUCAAGAUUUUGAUGAUGCUGGCAGCAUUCUCCAUCAUGUAUGGAGAAUUUAGUUUUGUUAAUGGUCACAAGGGAUUGAGUACCAAGUUGGCAACUGUCAAGGGAAUCCCUGCUCCUAUGGUGCCCUCUCAUGUCCAGUUUAUCAAAUUACUCUUACAGCUCACUAAGUAUAUUGUUGAGCUCGCAAAAUCAUCCUCUCAUAGUUCAGCGUCAAUCAUACCAGUCUCUUGCUACUGGAUCUUCACGAGUAUUCUUGCUUGCACAUCCAAUUUUGCUCGCUUUCCGAGAGCGAAUUCUAAGUGGCCUGAAAGAACACAAUUGUCCAGUUUAGCUGCUAAAGUUAAAGACUUAAUUUUAGAAUGCCGCCCAAUAAUAGAAAAGAAGAGAGAAGAGGAAUCUUACCAAGCAUUGUGUUGCGCAUUUUCUGAGGAGAGCCCGGUUCCUUCCAGUAAUUUGGAUGUUCUCAAAUUACUAUUCAAUGUCAAGCGUCAUGACAAAAAGAAGCUCAUAUAUGAUGGCCUGACAGAAAAAAUGGUGGGAUUACAUUCGUUGAACAAUAAGGGUUUGCUAUUGUUAAUAUCACCAAGUCUUGACAUUGACAUCCAUUUGCGUGACCUACUUCAUGACGUUGAGUGGAAAAUUAAACUACGUACACUAUGGAUUCCAAUAUUAGAUUGUCCUACAUUAUGGACAACUAAUAAAAAUGUGAAAGAGCAGUUUAGAGGUUUAGUAAAUGUACAUCAUUUACUUUCAAUGAGAAAUCCAGAAAAAUCAGUAUCCUUAGGAUUAGUAAGAUUUGUUAAAGAGAAAGUGUUGCAUAUUGGAGGUGAGCCUAUCAUUAUCUCACUGGAUCAUCAUGGAAGGAUUACUCACCGCAAUGCAAUGCAUUUGAUAUGGAUAAGACUUGGGGUUAUAUUUACGGAGUAUACUACAGAGAGCAGUGAAGAUAGCAUAGUUCCUUUCUUACAAACUGUGCUCAAGAAAAGGACUUUGGAUGUUAGGGAGUUUGUGCCUCACAUUGAUAGAGAGAUAAGUGACUUUACAGGUGAAAUGAAUAGCAAGGUGAAUGAUUGGUUGCAUGGCAUUAUUAGGCGUGUAAAUGAUCCGAUUUACAGCAAUAUUUACACAUGUGAAAGGGAAAAUAAUCUAUGGAAGGAAGUAACUUGGUGCACUAAACUUUUGUCAAGUGACAAGCGUGGUCAGCUAAGUGUAUUGGUCGAUGCGAACGAGUACAUCUUUUUGAUGGGAGGGAAUGACAUAAAUUGGGUUAAAAAAUUCAAAUCAAAGGUGUUGUGUGUUAAUCCACAAUUGGCAUUUGUGAUGUCUUACAUUGGUACCAACAUUAAAGUAGCAUUAACAAUUGCUCGAGAGAAAAUUUGCGAAUAUAGUGAACCUUGUGUUGCAAAAGAUUUUUGGACACGACAGCAAAGUAUGUUCUUGUCAAGAAUUCAAUUCUUAAAUGAGAUUCAUCGCGAUGAGAAGAGUGACGAAAUUGUGGAAGGAUUAAAAAGAUUGCUAGCUUAUGAGGCUAAAGGAUCAACAAUUGAAGGAUGUGUUUUGUUAGCUAAAAGGAACAAAAUAAUUUUAUGUGACUUAGGAGACAAAAUGCUGACGGUUAUGAAUGAAUAUGAGAAAUGGAAGGACAACGCCAUUGCCAAAGGGUUUGACCAAGCGUUCAAAGAUCAUCAUGAGAUGCUUGCUUCAACUUCUACUUCACAUCACCACCCUUAUUGUGCUCUGGAAUACCCAUCCAAUUUUAACCAAAUUCCAGAGAAUGAGAAGUGUCCCCAGUGCUGUUACAAUAUGAACAAAUUCGUCACUUUUACGUGCUGCCAUGGCCAUUCUUUUAUUUUGGAUGAUGAUGAUGAUGGUAAUGGUGAUGGUGAUGGUGGUGGUGGUGGUGAUGGUGAUGGUGAUGAUGAUACAAAUUAGUAUACUUAACUAAUACUGGCACAUUAUUAUGCAGUUUUUACACAUGUAUUGAUGGUUAAACUUUUGCACCCAAUUUAAUUUCUCACAAUUUGUUACUUGCAAUUGAGAGAGAAUUUUUUAUUGUUUUCA